AAGUGAAUAGGUAACAAUAUUUUACAUUAUGAAAGCAUAAAACAUAAUAUUAUUUUUGAGUAGGUAUUUAAAUUCGACAUUAUUAUUUUUUAAAUUACCCUCUGUUGUAAGUGAAAUAAUGUCCAUCGUACAUCGUUUCGGCUUUCAACAUUUCUUGUCUCAUACAAAAUGCGAGUGUGUUGUCUCCGGGUGUUCGUCGGCGGUGAAUUGUGGGACUGCCUGUUGAUAGUGAAAUUCAACCGAGAAUAUGUGCUGUACACGACUGUUGACCAGCUUCCGUUUAGCGUGUCGGCAGAACUGUGCUCUUUAGGCCUGAACGGUGCUCGGGACCCCAUGCCCACGGUAAUGGACGCCAAUUGUCUGGAGUGCGUCAUCAAGGCGCUGGCAAACAGCGACACGCUCAAGCAAUUGGUUGUGAGACGGAUGAACAGCCUCGCAUCGGUGGAUAACAACAACAUUGUGGUUGGCUUCAACGACAUCCGGCUGGUGACACCAAACAAAUAUAGACUGCCUUACACAUGGUGCGAACUGUAUGAAAAAACUGAUACUGAAUACAGAGAGCUUGAAAACAUAAUGGCUUGGUUAUCAACUCUUGGUGGAGCUUUUUCAUCAUUGGGCGAUCAGACUGAACACUGUGCAAUUGUAGCAGGGAAUAUUUCAUUGCAACAAUUAAAAAUUGCAAUGCGAAUUGGUGAUCCUUUGACCGCAGCCCGGUGUAAACUGUAUGCUGCUAUUAGUCUCAUGCAACGUGGUUUUCAUAAGCAAGCUAAAUUCAUUGUUCAGAGUCAAUACAUGUUUAUCAAAUCUCAAUUAGUUGUUGAUGAGCGACUUAUUAAAAUGUGUUGUGGUGUAUGGACAAAGUUACGUUAUGAAUGGAAUCGAAAAAAAUGUCUUAAAAAAAACUCAACUCUGUAAAAAAAAAGAAAAUGUUAUACAUUUUUACAUCAAAUCUUAAAUUAUAAAUGAAUUAAAUUUAAAAAAAAUAUUUUUACCAAA